UAAACAGUGUGCACACGUUGAAACGUUAUUGUGAACACUAAACAAUCCGCAAAUUUAGCUGCAUCUGUUGGGGGAUUCGGGUCCUUAUUUCAAGCAGUUCUUCUGACUUUUCUGUCCAUCGGAAGACGCACACAGAUCAUGAAAGUUUUCAUUACAAGACGCAUCCCACAGGAGGGAAUGAAGAUUCUGUCACAGGCUGGAGUGUAUGCAGGUUUCACUUUAUAGUUAGCUAUGAUCAGCUUGGUUAGCUCGCCUAAUGAGUAUCUCAUGCGCUGUCACUUGUCAUCUAUAAUGCAUGACUGUGUCAUGCCAGUAGUGUUAUAAUUGUACUACUAAAUUCUAGUGCUAGUCUACUUAUUGCUGUAUAAAUGCAUUGGCCACACACACACACACCACACACAAGAAGUGGAGGGUAACGUUACACCAUGUUCUAAAAGUGAAAGUUCAUUGGAGUUGCUUAUGACCUUUAUUCCAGGUCACAUAUUAUAGCGGGUACUCUGAACUUGUAAUAAGGUUCUUAAGGCGUUAUUAUAACACGUACAAAUGUCUAUGUAACAUUUAGUGAAGGUAAUGAGGUAUAAUAAAGAUUAAAGGAAGGGUAAGGUAAGGGGGGGAAAACAGACCUUAAAAAAUGCACACAGACAGACAAUGCAGAAUAUGUGGAGAGUACUGUACAAUGAAGGAAAUGUUCUAAAUUGUCUUGGUCCCUCAUUUUAAUCUGGUCUCUCCCCAUCUCCCUCGUUUCCAUGGAAGCAGAUGUAAAGUGUCACUGUGGGACUCUGAUGAGCCUGUUCCGAGGGCGGAGCUUCUGAAGGGCGUGGCGGGGGCCCAUGGGCUGCUGUGCCUCCUGUCGGACAAGAUCGACACUGAGGUUCUGGACGCAGCAGGUACACUGGACAUAAUCUGGACCACAUUAACUCAGACAGCACCUCUCAGUAUUUUCCAAUAUUAUAUAUAUUUAAGGUUUAUUUUGAAUUGUACACAUUUGCAGCUAAAAGCUGAAUUGCAGCAUACAUAGGCCUACGUAAGUAAGUAAAUAAAAAUAUAUUUAUCUGGAAUUUAUGAGGCUGUUAGAUAUGUUUUAUACAGUAUAUGUGUUGUAUGAUAGUUCCCAUUCUGUCUUCUCCUAACACGUAACUAUCGAUUUGUGUUCAGGUCCAAACCUGAAGGUUAUAAGUACCUUGUCUGUCGGAUUUGACCACAUGGCCAUGGAUGAGAUCAAGAAACGGUAAGACUAACUAUCAACUAGCUUGUACGCAGUGGUUGACUUGGGAUGAAAGAGGUGCAGGAGCUGUCUUUUUCCAAAUCUGUUCAUUAUACUAUGUUCACAGAAAUUCUCAAAUUAUAUUAUGAUAUAGAGGUCUCUGUUUAUUCACUGUUAAUCAAUCAAAUUUAUAAAACCCUUUUUACAUCAGCAGAUGUCACAAAGUGCUAUACAGAAACCCAGCUUAAAAUCCCAAACAAGCAAGCAAUGCAGAUGUAGAAGCACGGUGGCUAGGUAAAACUCCCUAGAAAGGCAGGAACCUAGGAAGAAACCUAGAGAGGAACCAGGCUCUGAGGGGUGGCCAGUCCUCUUCUGGCUGUGUCGGGUGGAAGGGUUCAUACACAUUUGACAGAUGGAAUUUCAUGACUUUUCCAUGACUUCUCCAUUACUUUUAACCAAAUUUCCAUGACCAAUAAUUGGUGGCGACUCUAUGUAGCCUACAUGAAAAAGUCAGCAUAAUUAAAGGCUUCUGGUCUCUGAUCCCAUGUAGGCCUACUAUCUCCUGCCGUUUGUGCCCUUGAUCAAGGUACUUAACCACCCACAAAGUAGAAUAACUGCACUGUUAGGCUACUGUAUAAAAUGCAUGUGGUCAACCCUCCAUCUGGAGAGCUACUGGGUGUGCAGGCUUUUGAUCCAGCCCUGAAACACACCCAAGUCUCCUUAUCAAGUUCCUGUUGAGCAGCUGAUGUUUAGGCUACAAUUUAGAGCAGGGCUCGAACAAAAGCCUGCACAGCCAGUAGCUGUUGGACACCCUCAAUAUAAAAUAUUGCAACAUUACAACCAAACACUUUUUUAUGUUUUUAUACAAUUAUUCCCUCAUUCAUUCCUUGAAUCGGGGCUAAAACGGAUAAGGUAGGCUACUUCAAAGCAAGGUAGCUCACUAAGACAUGGUUAUCUCUAAUAUUCAUGUUUCAGGGGAGAUCUAUGCACAGCAUCGAAUGUGUCAAUUAGGCUAUUCUUAGAAUAUUGUUUGUGUUGUCGGAAUUACAUGGCUAGCCUACUGUUUAAUAGAGGGGAAUCCUAGCUUUCCAAUAAUGGUGUCAGAUUUAUUUCUCAACAGUGCCGGUGAAAAGGCAACAAUGAGUCAACGACUUUAAUUCUUAGGCAUAUAGCUAAAUAGUUAACUAGAGAGAUAACUAGCCAUACUAGAAGCUAUGUUUUGAAUUGGCUAUAUAGUUAGUCUAUCAUUAUUUUAUAGGCUACUGGCUGCUGAAAUGUCCCUCUCUGUCCUCGAGAAAACGGCCCACUCGCACUGGCACACAUGCAGAUUGUGCACAGCACACACAGAGAGACGCGCUGAAGGCUAGGCCUAAUUCUGAUCAUGGCUGAUAUGUAGAUUUUUAAGUGAUUGAUCAUAUAUUUUAAAAGGAAAAAUUACGUGACUUUUCCAGGAUUUUCAUGACCUUAAGAAACCUCAUUUGACAACUUGGAACAUCGCAUCCUGCGCAUUCAGGCUGGCACAUUCUCAAACUCGAACAGUCUACUGGCAUGAAGUGGAAUCAGGAUAUGAAUGCCCAUUCUCCAUUGCUAUUCAAUGCAGAUCCCGCCUUCAUUCCGCUUUGAUCAAUAUUUUUUUGACCCUGUGAAUCUGGGCCGGUGAUAGGCCACUUUGUUUUAUAGAGGAGCCGGUGAGCAGUUCCCCAGACAGCUCCGGCCCAAUUCAAGCAAUGAAUGUUCGAACAAAUGCCUUACUCUCACAUCUAAGUCAGAAACUCUCCUUGUGCCCUCGUCUCCAUGUUCUGUGCAGAGGGGUGCGUGUGGGCUACACUCCAGACGUCCUGACUGAUGCCACAGCGGAGCUGACCGUCGCCCUGCUCCUGGCCACAGCUCGGCGGCUACCAGAGGGAGUGGUGGAGGUUAAGAAGUCAGUGCCCAAUAAACACACAGAUACAUUUACUACGUCAGACUUCAGUUUCAGAUGAUCACUCUUGACAUGUUGUACAGUGAUACUUUAGGGAUUUUCUGUCUACAAUUAAUAUGAGCAAAACAGAAUGUGUCCUCAGUUCCCUAUUUUUAACUCUCUCUCUCUCUCAGUGGAGGCUGGAGCACCUGGAAACCUCUGUGGUUGUGUGGUUAUGGUCUGUCAGGCAGCACUGUCGGUGUCAUCGGACUGGGACGCAUAGGUAGUGACAGUGAUUGAUUGAUUGGCUUACUGGAUUCUGUGACUCCUGGCCUUAGGUGUGAGGUCCAUUCAAUCCAUACUGUAGCUGAAAGGGCUGGACAAAAUUGCUUACUAAUUGAUUGAUUGUCUGGAGUCAAUGCUGUUUUCCCUCAGGGAUGGCCAUUGCCAGGAGGCUGAAACCGUUUGGAGUGAAGAGGCUCCUGUAUUCUGGAAGAACUGCCAAAUCCUAUGCUGCUGAGGUGGAGGGAGAAUACAGUGAGCUGGGGUGGAGGGGCUAGGGAAAACAGGAAAAUAUGAGCGAGAGGGUGAGAAUCAGAUGUUUAUUUGGCUGUUUCUUCACCUUCCUCUCUCCUCCCCUCCUCUCUGUUGCAGUGCCCUUGGACACGCUGGUGUCUGAGAGUGAUUUUGUCGUGGUGUCCUGCGCCCUCACACCAGAGACCCAGGGCCUGUGUAACAAGGACUUCUUCAGCAAGAUGAAGAACACUGCUGUCUUCAUCAACACCAGCAGGUACUCCAUUAAACACGUAGAGCAGUGCCAAACAAACCACACUGACUGCGUUUUGAAAUGAACACUGCUACAAUCAUUCAAUGCUGUAAAAAUAGAGCUGUGUGUGUGUGUUAUAGGGGUGCAGUGGUAAAUCAGGAGGAUCUGUACCAGGCUCUGUCCAGUGGUCAGAUAGCUUGUGCUGGGCUGGACGUCACAACCCCAGAACCGCUCCCCACCAACCACCCCCUCCUCACCCUCAACAACUGUGGUGAGUAUAUGGAGACACAGGGAUGGAAGCCAGUUUACUGAGGCAUCUCUGUUUUAUUGUCUAUGAUUCGCCUCUAAUCAUUGUUGUGGUCUUUCCAGAUGAUUCAAAAAUAUAUUUUUUUUUACACCUGCUCAUUAAAAUGAACCAGUUGCUUUUCCCCAGAGAUUAUCUAUACUGAACAAAAAUAUAAACGCUACAUGCGACAAUUUCAAAUAUUGAACUGAGUUACAGUUUAUAUAAGGAAAUCAGUCAAUUGAAAUAAAUUAAUUAGGCCCUAAUCUAUGGAUUUCACAUGACUGGGAAUACAGAUAUGCAUCUGUUGGUCACAGAUACCCUUUUUAAAAAUGGGCCUCACAAUGGGCUUCAGGAUCUCGUCACGGUAUUUCUGUGCAUUCAAAUUGCCAUCGAUAAAAUGCAAUUGUGUUUGUUGUCCGUAGCUUAUGCCUGCCCAUACCAUAACCCCACCGCCACCAUGGGGCACUCUGUUCACAAUGUUGACAUCAGCAAACCGCUCGCCCACAUGACGCCAUACACGUGGUCUGCGGUUGAGAGGACUGUUGGACGUACUGCCAAAUUCUCUAAAACAACGUUGAAGGCGGCUUAUGGUAGAGAAAUUAACAUUAAAUUAUCUGGCAACAGCUCCAGUGGACAUUCCUGCAGUCAGAGACAUCUGUGGCAUUGUGUUGUGUGAUAAAACUGCACAUUUUAUUUUUAUUUAACCUUUAUUUAACUAGGCAAGUCAGUUAAGAACAAAUUCUUAUUUACAAUGACGGCCUACACCGGCCAAACCCGGACGACGCUGGGCCAAUUGUGCGCUGCCCUAUGGGACUCACAAUCACGUUCGGUUGUGAUACAGCCUGGAAUCGAACCAGGGUGUCUGUAGUGAUGCCUCAAGCACUGAGAUGUAGUGCCUUAGAUCGCUGCGCCACUCGGGAGCCCAGAGUGGCCUUUUAUUGUCCCCAGCACAAGGUGCACCUGUGAAAUGAUCGUCCUGUUUAAUCAGCUUCUUGAUAUGCCACACCUGUUGGGUGGAUGGAUUAUCUUGGCCAAGGAGAAAUGCUCACUUACAGGGAUAAACAAAUUUGUGCACAACAUGUGAGAAAUAAGCUUUUUGUGCGUAUCGAACAUUUCUGGGAUCUUUUAUUUCAGCUCAUGAAACAUGGGACCAACACUUUACAUGAUGCGUUUAUAUUUUUGUUCAGUGUAUGUUGUGCAAUCCAAUCAUGUCCCUGCUAAUACUUUUCUCUCCUCUCUCUCUCCACCUGCAGUGGUCUUGCCCCACAUUGGCAGUGCUACCUACUCCACACGUGGCAUCAUGGCAGAGCUGGCCGCCAACAACCUGCUGGCAGGCCUACAGGACACAGACAUGCCCAGCGAACUCAAAUUCUAGUGCUGCUCUACAACUACUCAAUUCUGCCUCGGUCCUCAUAUUAGAAUGAUUUUUUCAUCACCCAAUCAGUAGUCAUUACCGGGGAAGGUAAAAGCCGUAAGUGACCUGGAAGGAAUCUGUGUUGAGUAUUGCAGUUCUAUUAA